AUGUCUCUCACUCGCAUCUCCUGGGUUCCCGUCAAGGCCGACGUCGACGACGCUGCCCUUGCCCCAGUUCAGGCUGCCGGAGAUGCAGUAGCCAAACAGCCUGGCGUCGAGAGCAUCUACCACGGCCGUGUGGUUGAGGGUAUCCCAUCCCUCUACGCCGUCACCACCUUCGCCUCCGAGGACGCAGUAAAGGCUGCCGAAUCGUCGUCGGCUUUUAGCGAGCUCGAAGGCAUCCUAGCCGGGCUCAUCGACACGAGCAGUGCGCAGCCAUACACAAAUCUCGUCAGCUUGAACAAGCCCUUUGAGUCGAUUGCCAGCCCCGUCACGCGAAUCAUUGCCAUCUUCCUCCCGGCGUCGGUCGACAAGGCCGACUUCAUCGCCAAGGUGGAUGCCAUGGAAGCCGCCAUGGCGGCCGCCAACCUCCCAGGCUUCAAGGGAAACGUACACGGCUGGGCGGCUAACCAGAUUGAGCACCCAUCGAUCCCGGGCGGGCCGGCACAAGUUUUUGUCGCCCUUGCCGGUUGGGAAUCGGUCGCAGCCAGCGAGGCCAGCGCGUCGGCGCCAGGUAUGGCCGAGCAGCAGGCAGCUCUGGCGGCUUUUGGAGGCAUCGUUGAGGUCAACCAUGUUUCGCUGACCAAGGCUUGA